CUGCAUUUCUGGCUAUGUUCACCCUUCGAUGGGGCACACAACUCUCCCAGAAACUGCAUCCGUAUCAAAGGAAGCGAACUGAUGCCGUUCCUAGCACUGGAAGCCAAAGAACUCUCAAGGUCGCUGUUGUGGGGGCGGCUGGGGGCAUAGGACAACCCCUGUCGCUUUUGCUAAAACACCAUCCCCACAUAGAGACUCUCGUCCUCCACGAUCAGGAAAAUGUUAAGGGCAUUGCAGCGGAUCUCUCGCACAUUGACACAUCGGCGGUAGUGCAGCACUUCCAGGGUCCAAAGAAGCUGGCACUGGCCCUGAAGGGAUCGGACAUUGUGGUAGUGCCAGCGGGCAAGCCCCGCAAGCCGGGCAUGACCCGUGCCGAUCUACUCGAUGCGAAUGCCAGCAUCGCGGUGGCAGUAGCCAAUGCCGUGAGCACGGCUUGUCCCGGCGCUCUGUUGGCCUUCAUAACGAACCCGAUAAAUACAAUUGUCCCAAUUGUUGCGGAGAUCCUAAAGUCUAAGGCAGUUUACGACCCUAGGCGUCUCUUCGGGGUUACCACUCUCGAUGUAGUCCGCUCCAAGACCUUCCUUGGAGAGAGCAUCGGGGUGGAGCCGGAAGAGGUCACCAUUCCCGUGAUUGGCGGCCACGCUGGCCUCACAAUCCUUCCGGUUCUCUCGCAGUGCGAUCCUCCUUUCGACGGUGAUGAAGCUGAACGACUGUCUCUGUUCCAUCGCAUCCAAGAAGCCGGGACGGAGGUGGUAAUUGCCAAGGCUGGACGUGGCUCGGCCACCCUGUCGAUGGCCUAUUCUGGGGCUCGCUUUGUGGACUCCCUCAUCAGGGGCAUCAAGAUGGAGGGCGGCGACGAAGGUGUCGUCGAGUGCACCUUUUGCGAAUCGGAUGUCUCAGAAGCGAAAUUCUUUGCCUCGCCGGUAAUUCUGGGACCGCAAGGUGUCAAGGAGCAUCUCGAAAUUCCAUGCCUGGAUGAUCUUGAAAAAGCGGCUUUGAAGUGCCUGAUUCCAAUCUUGAAGAAAAACAUCGAAGCUGGUAUCAAAUAUGGCCAGAGUGCGGUAGUCUGUGGGUUCUAAAGAAACUUUCCCUCAAAUUCACUGUGUUGAGAUCUGGCUAUCGAAAAUGAGCACAACUUUCCGAUUUAGUCCAUAUUUUUGUCUAAAAUGAUCAAACGUUUCAAAAAUGUAUGCGUAUUCAAAUCUUUAAUAAGCAAAUCAAAUAUUUU